AUGGCUGGAUGGUCGACUGUUCAAAGGAGCGCAAGAAGUUCGCAUCAGCAAGCCAGCUCAGACGAAAUGGCGGAGAUUCUCCGCGCUUGGGACGACGAAGAUGACGAAAUGGUUGAGUAUCUUCAAAAGUCGAAAGCGAAUGGUGCAAAUCUUUCAAGGAAUGUAAAUGGUGAAGCCACCGCGUCUGGUGUUUCAGCAAGCAAAGGUGUACCAAGGUAUUCUUCUUCAUCUGUACGAGCAGCUAAAACAGUUUGCCUUUACGUUUGUUUCUUCGGAUUGGUAAGUUGCAGCAAAGCUGUAAGUUUUUAGUUAACAAUAUUUGCGUAUAUUAAGCUUAAGUGACAUAUAAACAACCAAAAAAGUGAUAACAGGCUCAUGGACGGCUAGGACUGUUUUAGAGUUAACCAGAAGCCUCGUUACUAGGGUUCUUGUAGGAGGAAUUCAGAAGGCCACAUUGUCAAGAAAACUGAAAAUCAGUGAUCUGCCACUGACAGCUGCUACUCAGCGAAAACCGCUAUUCACGAACACGUCUAACAUGUAUACAUAUUGAGACACCUCUUUUUACAGAGUGUCUCUUUUUCCAUUCUGUUCUGUCCUAUCAAAAGGUCGAACAGGAGUAAAAAUUAAAUCAGUUCUGAGAAUCAGGAAUAAGGAGAAAAGUUUAAAGAGAAAAAUAAGAAAUAAAAGAACAUAUAUUUACUCAACAGAAAUUUGAAUCUGAGGUUGUGUGCUUGGAAGGAAAAAAAUGUAUAUACCAUUAGGCCAUGUGAGGAAAAGUCCAAAAAUAAUUUUCGCACAGUGUAUAUUCUGCAGAAAACCCCAAGUGGGGGUGGGGCGGCGGGGGAAGGGAUGCUGGUCUCUGUACCAAUACUUAGGUAUAGUAGUUCAAAACCCUCACCCUGUUUUUAUUUUAGGAUUUUUUUGUCUUUGAAGACAAAAAUCCUAAAAUACAUGCCCUGUUUAGGACAAAGGACAAAAAGCAUGCCGUCUUCAUUUAAAUCCAUUUAUCAGCAGCAAAUGUACAUUCUAAUCAUUACUUUCUUACUUGGAGUACAAACAAAUUUCAUCUAGCAAAUCAAAUUAAUCAUGCCGGGUUUAGGACAGGACUCACAUGAAUUUAUAUACCCUGUUAAGGACAAACUUGCGCGAAACUAUGUACCCUGUUUAGGACAGAGAGGACAAAAACCAUACCCCUUCCAGCGGCACAUUCCCGUAUCUGCCAUAAAAGGGAGUACACACCCCGUGGGUAGAAAACACUGUUUAAAACUGGAUGAAAAAUUGAGCAGGGUGUUAAAAGUAAAAAACCAAACUUAAAAACAAAUUUUAUCACAUUUGAAGAUCAUGAUAAUUAUGGCCAACAAAGCCAAUAAAAGUCAGCCGAUCUACGAUUGUAUCUUUACUUCAAUUUCCACUCUUAUUUUGGGGCUUAUGGUCCAAAUUGCUUCCAUUUCUCCUUGAAGCUGUACUUUUGCCAUUGAAAUUUAUCCCCAAAAGCAUUUUUGAUUGCUAAAAUGGGCACCAAACAAGUACAGAGAAAUAUAGCCACCUCCCUAAUAGUUUUCCACACCUAAUCCAAAAUUAAUUAUAACAAAAUUAUAAUCUACUUAGGUCUCUGGCCAUUGCUUAGUAAGGAAUAUAAAUAUAACAGAUAAUUAUUUCUAGAUACUACCAUUUUGUGCUAGAAUCACAAUCAAUGAGAUAGACAUCUGCUACACUUUGUCAGGUUAAUGUGUUUUUUCAUGCUCAAGAAUGCAAAACGUUUACACUUCCAGUUGACUUGUGUCUCUCAAAAAUGUUUUUGCUUGAGCUCUGUAAUAAUAACUAUUACAAUGAACCUCAUACAAUAAUCAAUAUCUCAUAGGGAUCAUGUGUGGCCAUCCUCGGGCCUACACUUUUGGAGCUGAUGUGCCACACCUCCACCAAAUUGGAGCAGAUGUCAUAUGUGUUCACCUCACGUGCAUUUGGUUACCUCACAGGUAGCAUUAUUGGUGGAUGGUUUUAUGACAAGUAUAAUGGCCAUGUCGUGUUAGCACUGUCCUGUGUGUGGGGCACUCUAAUGAUGAUGGUUUUGCCAUAUGUCACAUCUCUGUCAGGAUUGGUUAUUGUUACUGUGUUGUUGGGAGUGGGCCUUGGUUCUCUCAAUACAGGUACGUACAUAUAGCAGACAUUGAAUUCACACUCCUUUUAUUUAGAUGUAAUACAGUGAAACCUCUAUUAAGGUGAUUCCCUAGUUUUGCACUGCGCAUCUCUUACUGCGCAUAACAAGAUGGCCGACAGCAUGUGAAGUAAUAUUAUUAAAAUGAAGUUGACUCAAGAGAAACGCUAUUGGAAUUUUUGCUUGCUGUUGUUUCUUGCCAAGGUGAGACUCAAUGUGUUGGGAAUGUGCAUAACGUAAGCAGUACGCGUGUCGCUGAGUUCGACCUCCUCUCGGAGAACCUCGAUAGUGGAUGUUUAACCCAUUCGCCCCUGAACCACCCGUAACCGCCCGUGCGGAUCCAGGUCCUUUCUACCCUUUGUGACGUCAUCAGUUUUAACGGUCAAGGACAACUUUCUUUGCUAACUUGUGCAGAGUGAAGAGAUCUUUCAAACCAUACCAGAAUGAGCACAAUUCAGUCAAGAACACCGGAGAAAGAAGCAAAAAACCACGUGACAAGGACCUGAAAAUCUCCAUGAAAAUCUUGUUCCAUUACCCACCUACCUUUCCUUUCACCUAAUCCUAAGAUCCUAAAAGCUUUCCUAAAAACUCUUCCCACCAAAAUGAAGCCUACUAAAUGCCCAGCAAGAGAAAAAAAAUGAGGCAAGAAAAGCGAAAAAAGUAGGGAGGAGAGUAAGCGAAAAGUAAAAGUCAAGACUGAUGUGUCACUUGAUGUGUCGAAAUUUUGCUUUCUGCGCAUGCCCGAAUUUCGCAAGCUGAUAUUUUGCAUCUGGAUCAGAAGGCCGCCAAGUGUACAACCUGUAAACUGGUUUGUGGUAAGUUUUAGCUCUUUAUAGCACGACAGUGACCAGAAAACCACUCGACUAGCUUCAAAACGCGUUUUUGGGCAGAAUCUCCAGGAGCGAAUGGGUUAACUUGUGCUUACUCAAUUUGAUUUCCAUUUAAACACUUUCUUUAUCGCAUUGUAUCCUAAAUGAGAUAUCUCGAUGUAAAUUCUGUAAAAACGGAUUUUUUAAUACUUUCUUCCCCCUUUCACAUACAUUCUAUUUUGAAACUCGCCCCAGUCCUCUCUCAAAAAUCGGAGAAAAUGCGUUUGGUGCGCACUUUCUGCAGCUCUACCGCAAAAACGAGUAUGGUGACCCCCAUUUUUUAUGUCAUGAUUUUAAUAAGGACAGUGCUUCCUUUUGAUGAGAAAAAAAUUGGCACAAAUCUAUGUUCAGUUUUUUGGCAAUUUUACUAAAUUGUACGGAUUGAGCCAUCACAGGUCGAAAAGCUCGCGCCAAUUUAAUUCUGCUUUGGAGCGUAAACUAAAAACAAGGGCAUUAAAAGGCAUUUUUCUGGUACGUAAGUGGAUAAACAAUACAUUAAAGUCAAAUUCUGUGUGAUGCCACAUGCAUCAUCGAAAAAAUCUUUCCUUUUUGUCUAGUUUUGGGCUGCCCGCGGUUUUUGUAAAAGGGUCAUAAAUAGCCGUAUUUGUCAGCAUUGUGACGUCAAAACGAGCACGGUGACCCCCACUUUUUAUUACUUUUUUAUCAUCUUCUUGACUUGUUACAUCAGUGUACCAAGUUUUAGCUACAAUCUAUGUUAGGUUCUUUUACUAUGGAAUCACCUUAAGCGGACCAGCAAUUAAGCAGGCACCUCCUAUUAAGUAGACAUUAAGCUGGGUCCCGAAAUUAAUGUCUUAUAUUUCCUCAAUACAGGUACUUACAUACAGGAGACAAUGAAUUCACACUCCAGUUAUUUAGAUGUAAUACAGUGAAACCUCUAUUAAGCGGACCCCCAGUUAAGCGGGCACCCUCUAUUAAGCAGACACUAAGCUGGGUCCCGAGAUUAACAUCUUAUAUUUCCCUUUAUAACAAACCCCUGUUCAGUGCACACCUCUAUUAAGCCGACGCAGACACUAAAAUAAGUUGUAUCAGAAACUCAUAAGGGGUUGAAACGUGUAACUCUCAUAUGUUUGCUUUGUCCGAUGCUCGUGAUUAUUCAUUUUCGAAAGUACCAUAUUUGGAACGAGAAGAAGAGAUAACUGACCAAUCAAACUUCGUAAACAACGUAACCUAUUUUACUUCAUGUUCCCGUGCCCGCUUGAAAAAAAUGGCCAACAAACGGGGGAAAAACUCCCGAAAGCCGAGAAAGCUUUCAAAGGUUGAAACCAGGAAUCUUACUGAAACACUGAGCAGGAUAUUAUUGCCUUACCACCCAGGCCAAACAUAACAUUAUGAAACCCACUGACGUCCUUACAACUUCAUGAAGUUGUCACUUCAAAAAACGAUGCCUAGUUGACCCUCUACGCAGUAAACUUAUACUGCAAAUAGGCUUUUUAAAUUCUUACAUUAAAAGUCUAGAAUAAACAGUAAAAAAUAUUUUCGAAUAUUAUUAAUUAGCUGUGUAUCGAAAAGUGUCCAAAACCUGAACCUGACAUCUUCACAAAAAGUGAUGCAUGUAAAGAAUGUGAGAAGCGUUUAAGCUUUAAUUUAGCUUGGAUGUUGUAGUCACGAUCGUGUUUUGAGCUAAUUUUAUGAAUGAACAAACUCAAAACAAUAGACAGAGAAGCCGUUUCUGGAAAAUUUUUAUUCAAAAUCCAAAAAGUUAAUCCUUAAAAGCAAUUCGGAAAACACUAUCUGGAUCGUGGAUCCGUUCACUCAAGUGAAAUCGGCUAAGCACAUGGCAAAAUCCAACACAAAAUCCAUCUCAAAUCGGGGCACAUUUGUAAUCUUUCUUUAGCGUUGAAGAGAAAAAUUUAAAAAUACAUAAAUUCCCUUUCAAAAAAGUAAUUGUCUUGGCCAUAGAGUGCGAAAUGUACCUGAAAAUUCAGCAAAAACUUCAUUGCCUUGGUUGCAUUUCAAAACAGACCAUGCGCUCCGUCGUGAAGAAAACAGGGUUGAAUUCCUCGAAGGACAAUUUCUUGAUGAAAAGCUUCCCUUCCUCCACAAAAAGAAAGCUGAGCAUUCUUUUGAACUUUCUCUUUCCAUUUUUUGUCUUUUAACGGUGUAUUAUUAACCUUGAAAUGCAGAACUCUUGUCUUAAAACAUCUGCAUGGUGAUCGCGCGCCAGCCAUUUGUUGAAAAUGGAUAUCUGUCACUAAGGUUUCCAAAUAUGGUAAAAGUGAAUAUUCACGAGCAUUGAACGCGAGUUACACGUUUCAACCCCUUAUGAGUUUCUGGUUGUAUUUGGCUAAUUUCUAUUAUUAAAAACCUCUAUUAAGUGGGCACCGGACUGAAUUGACAAUAGUAGUAUUGGAUUACGUCAUUGAAAUACCGACUGAAGUCAGUUAAUGUUUUUGCAUUUACAAACAAAAUAAAAGAUGGUAAUGAAAGGUAAUGAACUUGAACUCUGGAUAUCGACUGGAUAGAUUCUUUAACAACAUGCAACUUUAUCACAGUACAGGGUAACCAUUGAAUGUUGAUCGUUAACAAACAUUGCGCAAUUUUUACAACGUCUAUUAAGCGGACACCCUCUAUUAAGCAGGCACUUGGGAAGGUCUGGAAGGUAUCCGCUUAAUAGAGGUUUCACUGUAUCAGUGUUAGGACAUAUAUAUGGAGCAAUAAUGUGGGUAUAAAACUACAGUAUUGUUGUUGUGGUUUAGUUUUAUCCUUGGUACAAAUUUUAUUUUCCUUUGUUUCAAACUCAUAAUCAUACAUAAUUACCAUACCCCAAAACAAAGGAAAAUUAAAUUUAAAGCGAGGAUAAAAGUGAACCACACCAUUGUAGUUAUACAUAAAUUUUGUGAACUUGACCUUAGCAUAACAAGAACUGUUGUCAAGGCUAAGUGGAAAGUGAUUAUAUAAUUCAUAAUUGUUUUAAAAUUAGGUUUGAGGAGCUGUUAAAGCAGUUUUUGGUUUAUUUAGAAUUGUGUUAGACAUGCACAGUAACAUGCAUGUGUUUAUGUGCGUUUUAAAAAGCUGAAUUUUAUUUCAUAUGAGCAGAGCAAAAAUGGUGUUUUAAUUGUCACUUAAAGAUAAUUUAACCCUUUUAAAUACAAGCCUUUGGCUGACCGAGUCACCCUUGCCUUUGGGUUUACAUGAGGCAGUGCUGUUAUUAAGGGCCGGAUGCUGGGGAUUUCCCCUGGCUACAAGGAACCUAACUGUGGCUUCAUUUAUAGGAAAAUAGAAGUAAAAUGAAACACAAAGGAAUCCAGAGCUGCUUGAUUUCCAGUUGUCUUGUGUGUAUUUUAUUUUAUCGAACAACUUGAAAUAAUUUAUUAGUGAAUGCCCUUAUGAAGAGUUUCAAACAAAGUUAUUUCGGAGUUGCCUUUGUGCUGACUUAAGAAUGCAAUUAGCCUGUUCCAAGUGUUCAGAUAGUGGAGAGCGGUGUGAAGUAAAGAUAGCGAUAAAAAGUAGAGGGGGACUGGGGAGAGAGGUUCCCUCUCUCACCUCUCCCCCUCCCUCGCUUUUAUUUUUUUCACGCUCCUUUUUACUUCGCACCGCUCCCCACUAUCUGAACGCCUGGAACAGGCUAGAAUGCAAUGUAAGUGUACUGUAGUCAGUGAUUUUGUUACCUCUGCGUCCUGCUUCCCUGAUGUAUAAGAAUUCCCAAAGUGGCAAAAUAAUUUGUGGUGUGCAUGCAUCCAGUAGAGUGCAAUUAAAGAUCGAUUGAUCGAUCUCAAGAUGUUUAAAAUUGUAGAAUAUCCUGUGUGCGUGACUUCUGUGGAUGUUCUUGUGGAUGUCGUUUAACAUCUCAUAUUUCUUUUAGUUUUUGUUGUACUUGACAAUAGAAGGAGUAUAUUUUUAUUUCUAAUCAGUAAACUGUGAUACAGAGUUUUGGAGUCUGUCCUUAGACUAACUGUGUGGUUACAUUAAGACUUGCGGUGACUUGUUGUUUUUCUAACUAGGACUCAAUGGUUUUGGAAAGGGACUCAUGACUUCUGUCAAGUUGAGUCUCAGGAUUUGCCGUAACUAUUUGUAACAAAAUCAUUGGUAGUCUAGUGCACUAUUAGAUGUAAUGUGCUGCCAUGUCAAUGACUGUUCUUAGCUGUGGACAAUAAUAAUAUUUGUUUCAUUUUUUAUUUUAUUUCAGGUGGAAAUGUACUUCUACUAAGUACAUGGGGCAAGAAAUCACGGCCAUAUGUGCAAAUUCUCCACUUUGUGUUUGCCCUUGGUGCAUUUUUCGCUCCGCUCAUAGUUCAACCAUUCCUUCAAGAGAGUACCUACCCUGCAAAAAAUGAUACCAAUAGGACUGGCAAUGACAGUAGCAAUGGGACAUGGGCUUGCUGCAGCAACAGCAGUCAGUGUUUAAGUAACAAGACAUUAAACACCAGCUGUUACUGUUUCAGCGCCACCUUCAAAGAAACAGAUGGCAGUACCUUUCCUGUGAUAUGGGCAUACUGGAUCAGCUCAAUUCCUCUUGCUAUUGCUGGUGUUGGAUUCUUAGUCUUUGUUUUCAUCAAAUCCUGCAGCUUACAGGACAAGGAUACCAAGGAUGAGGAUGCUCCAAAGACCAAACAGGGUAGCUUGAUGUACAGAGUCACCAUUCUGUCACUAUUUUCUGUUUUCCUUCUGCUUUAUGUGGGUCUUGAGGUUGCUUACGCCGGAUACAUCUUUACCUAUGGUUACACAAGUAAUGUAACAUUGAGCAAGGACAGUUCGGCAUUUGUAACAUCUGGUUUCUGGGGAAGCUUCGCAUUGGCACGGCUUGCAGCAGUACCCAUCUCAAGGUACUUCAGACCAUCAAAGAUACUGUUUCUGGACAUAAUGGGCUGUGUGUUAGGAUCAGUAGUACUUAUUUCACAGAUUAAGAAUGGCGACUGUUGUGCUGCAGACUCGACAAAGCUGUGGGUGGGGACAGUUAUUUUGGGAGUUUCAAUGGCGUCAGUCUUCCCUGCUGCUUUGAGCUGGGUAGAAUACUUUUUAACUGUAUCAGGAAGGACAGCAUCUGUUCUUGUGGUGGCCUCCAGCUGUGGUGAGAUGCUGAUUCCGCUGGCUGUGGGUAGUACGAUAGGGAACAAGGUGGGACCAUGCUCAUUAAUGGCCUGUGCUUUUGUAAUCAGUAUCUUGACAGUUGUCACAUUCCUGUUAAUCUGGGCAACUGGUCGGUACUUUAAGCGCAACAGUGCCUUUGCUGGAAUGCUGUAUCAGCGGAGUCAGAAACAAGAGGAAGGACGAAAAGGACGUCAACCGGAUGAAGUUCUUGAGCUCUUGGAACAAAAUAAUGAAGAGUUUUUCAAUAAUGGUGAUAAAAAUGUAACCAUUUGA